AUGGCUGUUUCGACUGGAUUUGCUACACCUUUAUCGGGUGCCAAAAUGGAGACAUUGUUAUCGUUGAAUUCUUCUUCUAUAUCAUCUGUAUCGUUUCUUUUGCCACACAAAAUGCUGGUUUUCUGCAAACCCGCUAGAAAUAAUUGUAGAAGAAAAAUUUUGUUGAAACACAGAGGAGGAGGGGUGAGAUGCGAGGUUUCUACUGCUUCAAAUGAUGCUGUUGUUGCUGCUGAAACUGAUCCGGCUAAACUUUCUAGCUUGUCUGCUCUUGAACAGCUCAAGACCUCUGCUGCUGACAGAUAUACAAAGGAGAGGGCUAGCAUUGUGGUAAUUGGGCUUAGUAUUCACACUGCACCGGUUGAAAUGCGUGAAAAGCUUGCCAUUCCAGAAGCUGAAUGGCCUCGAGCCAUUGGGGAGCUGUGUGGUUUGAAUCAUAUCGAAGAGGCAGCUGUGCUUAGCACUUGUAACAGAAUGGAGAUAUAUGUUGUUGCCCUAUCUCAGCAUCGUGGGGUCAAAGAAGUGACUGAAUGGAUGUCAAAGACAAGUGGUAUCCCUGUUUCUGAAAUUUGUGAGCACCGGUUUUUGCUGUACAAUAACGAUGCUACCCAGCAUCUGUUUGAAGUAUCUGCUGGUCUUGACUCGCUUGUUCUUGGAGAAGGUCAGAUUCUUGCACAGGUUAAACAAGUUGUCAAAGUUGGCCAAGGGGUUGUUGGCUUUGGGAGGAACAUUAGCGGGUUAUUUAAGCAUGCAAUAACUGUUGGAAAGCGGGUUAGAACUGACACAAAUAUCGCUGCUGGGGCUGUUUCUGUGAGCUCAGCUUCUGUUGAAUUAGCUUUGAUGAAGCUUCCUGAAUCUUCUCAUGCCAGUGCCAGAAUGUUGGUGAUUGGGGCAGGUAAGAUGGGGAAGCUUGUCAUCAAACACUUAGUAGCAAAAGGUUGCACAACGAUGGUAGUAGUAAACAGAACCGAGGACAGGGUUGCAGCCAUUCAUGAGGAGUUGAAGGAUGUUGAGAUUAUAUACAAGCCCCUCACAGAGAUGCUAACUUCUGCUGCUGAAGCUGAUGUUGUUUUCACAAGCACAUCAUCAGAAACUCCGUUAUUUGUGAGAGAAAAUGUUAAGGAUCUUCCUCCUGUUGGUUCAGAAGUUGGGGGUUCGAGGCUAUUUGUUGAUAUCUCUGUUCCCCGAAACGUAGGCUCGUGUGUCAAUGACCUUGAAAAUGUGCGAGUUUACAAUGUUGAUGACCUGAAGGAGGUUGUGGCUGCUAACAAAGAAGACCGCCUGCGAAAAGCAAUGGAAGCUCAGGCCAUCAUUACUGAAGAAUCUAAACAAUUUGAAGCCUGGAGGGAUUCAUUGGAGACUGUUCCUACCAUCAAGAAAUUGAGGGCUUAUGCUGAGAGAAUCAGAGUUGCAGAGCUGGAGAAAUGCCUGUCAAAAAUGGGUGAUGAUAUCUCAAAGAAAACAAGGAGAGCUGUGGAUGAUCUUAGCCGUGGUAUAGUGAACAAGCUCCUUCAUGGUCCAAUGCAACACCUGAGAUGUGACGGUAGUGACAGCCGGACUCUUAGUGAGACCCUCGAGAAUAUGCAUGCUCUUAACAGAAUGUUCAGCCUCGAGACAGAAGUGGCUGUUUUGGAACAAAAGAUUCGAGCCAAACAAAGCCAGAAGUAA